CACCUUCCACCCAGAUCAUUUCUAAAGGGAGUUCUUGGUUUCCUCCGAUUUCUUAUGAACCCAGGAUGGGCAGCAAGGAAGAUGCGGGCAAGGGGUGUCCGGCGGCCGGCGGCGUCUCCAGCUUCACCAUUCAGUCCAUCCUGGGCGGGGGCCCCUCGGAGGCGCCGAGGGAGCCGGCCGCCUGGCCGGCCAGGAAGCGCAGCCUGUCCGUGUCCUCGGAGGAGGAGGAGCCGGACGACGGCUGGAAGGCACCCGCCUGCUUCUGCCCAGACCCGCACGGCCCCAAGGAGCCCGGCUCCAAGCACCACCCCCCCAUCCCCUUUCCUUGCCUGGGUACCCCCAAGGGCAGCGGAGGAGCGGGGCCGGCGAGCUCGGAGCGCAAGCCUUUCCUUUCUUCUUCGCACCCGGACUUUAAGGAAGAGAAAGACAGGCUCUUGCCCGCGGGCUCGCCGUCGCCGGGGCCCGAGCGGCCGCGGGACAGCGGCGGCGCCGAGCGGCAGGCGGGCGCGGCCAAGAAGAAGACGCGCACAGUCUUCUCGCGCAGCCAGGUGUACCAGCUCGAAUCCACCUUCGACAUGAAGCGCUACCUGAGCAGUUCGGAGCGCGCCUGCCUCGCCUCCAGCCUGCAGCUCACCGAGACCCAGGUCAAGACUUGGUUCCAGAACCGCCGCAACAAGUGGAAGCGGCAGCUCUCCGCCGAGCUGGAGGCGGCCAACAUGGCGCACGCGUCGGCGCAGACUCUGGUGGGCAUGCCGCUGGUGUUCCGGGACAGUUCGCUGCUGCGCGUGCCAGUGCCGCGCUCGCUCGCCUUCCCCGCGCCGCUCUACUACCCGGGCAGCAACCUCUCGGCCUUACCUCUCUACAACCUCUACAACAAGCUCGACUACUGAUAGCGGCCCGCCGG